AUGGCCGACGACGGUGAAAACGUUGCUGUUAUGACAGUAAAAGAACCCCUUGACUUGAUAAGGCUCAGUUUAGAUGAAAGGAUAUAUGUUAAAAUGCGAAACGAACGAGAACUUCGUGGAAGGUUACACGCCUAUGAUCAACAUUUGAAUAUGGUGCUUGGAGAUGCAGAAGAAACCAUCACAACAGUAGAAAUUGAUGAAGAAACUUAUGAAGAAGUAUAUAGAAGUACAAAGAGAAAUAUUCCAAUGUUAUUUGUAAGAGGAGAUGGAGUCAUUUUAGUUUCACCUCCUGUGCGAGUUGGUGUUUAA